UUUCAUCUGUUCAUUCUGAAGUGUUAAUGGUGGAUGUGGCAACCAGUAUGCCUUCUUUUGCCGAUAUGUACAUGUCCCUAGAGGCUACUGAAGACAGUUCCUCCGCCUGCCUUUCAGAUUUAACUCCUCAGCUUCUGAGUCAGACAUCGAUCCGUAUAGCGUUAGGUUCCAAAGAAGCUAAGGCUGAAACUAAGGCCGAAACAUCCUCGGCUUCCUCACUCCCCUUGCAGGGUGAACAAGACCUUCCUGCUCACGAUCAAGCUCCUGACGUCCCUUUCCAGGCUGAUAUCGAAAUAACAUCAACCAUUCAAUGUGUUUCACCUGAAUUUCAUGAGCCUGAGACCGAAGGAGCAGCUUUUGUAGAGCAAAUAUCGGAGCACAUAAUACUCCCUUUUGAUGAACCAAUGGCAAGUCUUAAUGAGACUGAGCAGCCACCAUCAGAGAGCCAAAUUCAGAUAGCUCACAAGACAGCCUCCAUGGUGUCUGCAAAGUCCGUAGCUUCUGCAAAAUCCGUAGCCUCUGAAAAAUCCGUAGCCUCUGCAAAAUCCAUAGCUUCUGCAAAAUCCGUAGCCUCUGAAAAAUCCAUAACCUCUGAAAAAUCCGUAGCCUCUGCAAAAUCCAUAGCCUCUGAAAAAUCUGUAGCCUCUGAAAAAUCCGUAGCCUCUGAAAAAUCCAUAGCUUCUGCAAAAUCCGUAGCCUCUGAAAAAUCUAUAGCUUCUGCAAAAUCUGUAGCCUCCGCAAAAUCUGUAGCCUCUACAAAAUCUACACCCUUAGAGGAGCCUGUAAAACAUGGGCCAUCAAUAUCCUCUGCAAAAUCAGGACUCUCAGCUAAUGGAGAGGCAGAGAUAGAACCUCAGCAGGAGGCCUCGGCAAGGUCUCUGCAUGAGGAGGCCUCUGCAAGAUCUCUGCAUGAGGAGGCCUCUGCAAGGUCUCUGCAUGAGGAGUUCUCUGCAAGGUCUCUGCAUGAGGAGGUCUCUGCAAGGUCUCUGCAUGAGGAGGCCUCUGCAAAAUCCCUGCAUACUGCUGAAGGGUCUGUAAAAUCCCUGCAUGCUGAAAGGUCUGUAAAAUCCGUGCACACUGCUGAAGGGUCUGCAAAAUCCGUGCACACUUCUGAAGGGUCUGUAACAUCCCUGCACACUGCUGAAGGGUCUGUAACAUCCCUGCACACUGCUGAAGGGUCUGCAAAAUCCCUGCACACUGCUGAAGGGUCUGUAAAAUCCCUGCACACUGCUGAAGGGUCUGUAAAAUCCCUGCACGCUGCUGAAGGGUCUGCAAAAUCCCUGCAUACUACUGAAGGGUCUGUAAAAUCCCUGCAUGCUGAAGGGUCUGUAAAAUCCGUGCACACUGCUGAAGGGUCUGCAAAAUCCGUGCACACUUCUGAAGGGUCUGUAAAAUCCGUGCACACUGCUGAAGGGUCUGCAAAAUCCCUGCACACUUCUGAAGGGUCUGUAAAAUCUGUGCACACUGCUGAAGGGUCUGCAAAAUCCCUGCACACUGCUGAAGGGUCUGUAAAAUCCGUGCACACUGCUGAAGGGUCUGUAAAAUCCGUACAUGCUGCUGAAGGGUCUGCAAAAUCCCUGCACGCUUCUGAAGGGUCUGUAAAAUCUGUGCACACUGCUGAAGGGUCUAUAAAAUCCAUGCACACUGCUGAAGGGUCUGUAAAAUCCCUGCAAGUUGAGGGGUCUGUAAAAUCCAUGCACACUGCUGAAGGGUCUGUAAAAUCCCUGCAAGUUGAGGGGUCUGUAAAAUCCGUGCACACUGCUGAAGGGUCUGCAAAAUCCCUGCAAGUUGAGGGUUCUGCAAAAUCCCUGCAAGCUGAGGGGUCUGCAAAAUCCUUGCAUUCUGAGGGGUCUGUAAAAUCCGUGCACACUGCUGAAGGGUCUGUAAAAUCGGUGCAUACUGCUGAAGGGUCUGCAAAAUCCCUGCAUGCUGAGGGGUCUGUAAAAUCCCUGCAUGUUGAAGGGUCUGUAAAAUCCUUGCAUGCUGAAGGGUCUUCAAAAUCCAUGCAUGUUGAGGGGUCUCCAAAGUCCAUUCAUGCUGAGGGGUCUGUAAAAUCCUUGCAUGCUGAGGGUUCUAUUAAAUCCGUGCAUGCUGAAGGUUCUGCAAAAUCUGUUCUUGCUGAGGGGUCUAUAAAAUCCGUGCACACUGAGGGGUCAGUAAAAUCUGUACACGCUGAAGGUUCUGAAAAAUCUGUGGCUGCUGAGGGGUCUGCAAAAUCUGUGCAUGCUGAAGGGUCUCCAAAAUCCAUUCACUCUGAAUCAAGGGUCAGUUCUGCAUCCCUGGAGGAAACUGCAAAUGUCACUUCUGGGGCAACUCCAAAAUCAGUACGCUCCAGGGUAUCUGUAAAAACUGCAGCUAGUGAGGCCCUUCAUGUCCCAGAAGGUCUUACUGAAAUGGAAAAUGAGCCAGAAGGGGAACUCGAAGGGGAAGCAGCGCCUGAAGAAGGUUUGGUGCCACAAGCAAUAGCAGCAAGCGAAGCAGGACAACCACCACCAUAUUCUAACAUGUGGACCCUUUAUUGUCUAACUGAUAUGAACCAACAAAGCCGCCCGUCACCGCCACCUGCACCCGGGCCUUUUUCCCAAGCAGCCCUCUAUCUAUCUAAUGCUAAGGAGCCACAGUUUCUGCAGCAUCCACCGAAAGUUACUUCUCCAACUUAUGUGAUGAUGGACGACUCCAAGAGGACCGGUGCCCCACCUUUUAUUUUAGUAGGCUCAAAUGUUCAGGAAACACAGGAGUGGAAACCUCUUCCUGGACAUGCUGUUAUUUCACAGCCCGAUCCCUCAAAGAGAUUCACUACAGUCCAAGUUCCCAUUGCUGUUCCUACAGAACAGCAGAAACUCCAGAAACAUCCCCCAGCCCCCCAGAAUGGUAGCUCUCCUCCGAAUGGACAAGAAGCCCCCAGGCCACAAAGCCCAGUUUUUCUUUCGGUUGCUAUCCCAAUAGAAGAUGUAGCCAAAAAGGGGUCAGGAUCUGGUGACAAACGUACGCCCUUUGCAGGAAGUUACGGUAUUGCUGGAGAAAUUACCGUGACUACUGCCCAGCUUCGCAGAACAGAUACUUAAAAGUGGAAGGUAAAUUUCCCCACCAUAGGGUGUGACCUUUUGGAGGAAGUAUGGAAUUAACAUUGAGCUUCAGAAUCUUGAUUUGCUUCAUCUAGAGAGUGACUUUUUUUAAAAAAAGAAAAAAAAUUAAAUUGAAUUGAAUCAAGUUAAUGUGUGACGGGUUGGGAUAUAUUCUUAACUUGCUUUAUUCAUUUGUCUCUCCAAACGUCCUCAUUAUCAACUGAUAUUAAGUACUCAUCGAGUGCAUGCUAGACCCACAGCAAGGACUCAGUACAUAAAAUAAUAGACAGUAAUCCACAAAUUGUGUUAAGUUAUAAAAACACAAGACAUGGCUCCUAUUUCCAAGAAGCUUAUUGGGUGGGAUGAGACAAAUAAACUUUAAACACUUUAAAAACAA